AUGGAAAGAGAAAACCACACAGGAAUAUCACAAUUCCUUCUCCUGGGCCUCUCAGAUGAUCCUGAACUGCAGCCCUUUCUCUUUGGACUGUUUCUAUCCAUGUACCUGCUUGUGGUGCUUGGGAACCUGCUCAUCAUCCUGCUCGUCAGCUCUGACUCCCAUCUCCACACCCCCAUGUAUUUCUUCCUCUCCAACCUGUCUUUUGUGGACAUCUGUUUCACCUCCACUACAGUCCCAAAUAUGUUGGAGAACAUCCAAGCACACAAUAAAGAUAUUACCUACACAGAAUGCUUCACUCAGGUGUAUUUUUUUAUGAUAUUUUUUGGAAUGGAUAAUUUCCUCCUGACAGUGAUGGCCUAUGACCGCUUUGUGGCCAUCUGUCAUCCCCUGAAAUACAUGAACAUCAUGACCCCCCGGCUAUGUGUCCUACUCGUUCUGGCAUCCUGGAUCAUGAUUUUCUGUGUCUCCCUGCUUCAUAUUUUCCUGCUGAUGCAACUGACCUUCUCUAUUGCCACUGAAAUCCCACAUUUCUUUUGUGAACUGGCUCUGCUUAUCAAAGUGGCUACCUUUGAUAUUCUUGUCAAGGUCAAUAUUGUCCUAAUGUAUGUGUCAACUAUCCUGCUGGUUGUGUGUCCCAUCACUGGGAUCCUCUUCUCUUACUCUCAGAUUGUCUUCUCCUUAAUGAGAAUGUCCUCCAGUGCAAGCAAGCAUAAAGCAUUUUCCACCUGUGGAUCUCACCUCUGUGUGGUUUCGCUGUUCUAUGGAACAGGACUUGGAGUAUAUCUCAGUUCUGCUGUGACCCAUUCUUCCCGUGAAAGCUCCAUUGCCUCUGUCAUGUACACUUUGGCAAUCCCCAUGCUGAAUCCCUUCAUCUACAGCCUAAGGAAUAAGGAUGUGAAGGGAGCCCUAGGGAGACUCCUCAGCAGAGCAGCCUCUGGUCUCUGA